AUGAGAGGACGGUCGUACGUGCUGCUACUGCUGGGCGUUUUGGUAUUGCCUGGAGCCCUCUGCGAUGGGGAGGAUCGGGAGUAUGAAAGAGAUUUAAUGAUGAAAAAACCGGUAGGCAAUGUUUGGAGCGAACCAAAAGAAGUAGCGAUCGGCGAGUCGUUCUUCAUAUACUGCAAUACCACAAACUUUGAAAUCCAGCCUGGAGAUCUCACACUAAAAUUAGACUCUGGCGACGUUGCCCACGACAUGGUGCCUGUGAAUAAUUCUACAGUCAGGUAUAGAGAGGAAUUUUUAAGGAACGAUAUGAAUAAGUGUUACACUUGCUUUUUGAAGGAAGCAAAAAUCGAACGCCAUUGUAUCACUACUACGUUCCUAAACGUAUCGAACUUUGAGUGCAUGUUAUUGGUCUUCUCAAUGUCAAUGUCAUGUAAAUUUUAUAUAACUGAGUUCGACAUAUCGGCCGAAUACACCAUUACCGAUAGCGGUCAACAACCAGUCAAGUGCUGGCCAUCACUUCGGGACCAUAAAUGGAUGAUGAAGUGUGAGAUUGCAAUUGAUUAUAAAAAGGAGACGUACGCCUUUACCCUUUUAAAGAAAUUGAAAGCAAGGAAACUAAUUCAGCACUUGCAAUUAAGGCGACAUGAAAUAAUGGAACCGGAGUGGGAAUCCAUGGGAAACCGGACUUGUUUGCCAGCCCCUAAGGUCUUUAAGACUAAAGAGUGCCGAAUACAUCUGGUGCCACAGUCGGCACAGAUCGGUCGGCACGAUUUAACGUUGAUCGACGAGCCCGCAUUGUCAGGCCAACUUUUUUGUUUCGAUUCGCCACGUCAUGCCCACCAAAAAUUCGAAGUGCAUCUGCGGUGCAGCCUAAGCAAUCCACCAGGGGCCCAGUCGACAGAGUUUGUCCAGUACGACUAUUUAACUCCACCAGCUAAGCCCGAUCGUCCGCCGGAGCUACUGCCCAACGGGUUCUUUCACGACUUUGAAAAUAAGAAGCUUUUCGUCUAUUGGCGGCGUCUGGAUGAACUGGAAUUAAACGGACCUAACUUCACAUACUCAGGACAGGCCAACAGCGCCCAGCAGGCACAUCUCCUGGACAACAACUCCGCUUAUUUUGUUAACUGGGAUCCAAAGCUACCAAACACCGUUUUCGUUUGGAGCGAAAAUUCAAAGGGACAAUCGGAAUACACCAGUACCCUCAAUAUUCCAGUUCUGACCAAUUCCUCAUCUCAUCAACCGCAGGAACUCUCGUACCAAGUCGAUACAUUUACCAUCUUCUGGCAGCCACCAAAAAAUCGGGACAACCUCAUUGGGUACACCGUUUUUUGGUGUCCCAUGUCCAAUAAAAAUCUUGAGUUUUGCGACGACCGCGAGCCUAUUAAGUUCCAGACACUGAGAGGAUCAACAGUUAAUCAAUUUAAUUUUAAUAGGACGAUGAUAAUGUACCGCAAAGCAGUGGCGGCUAACUACAAUGAUAAUCGGAGUGGUGGCAUGCAGUGGAUCGGUGUCGCGCCGUUUAGAAACAAGGAGCCUGAAAAAAAGGUUACAAAUUGGUUUUUUAUUAUUUCCAUUACAAUGUGUUUUUUCUUUGGAAUCCUUUCUGCUUUAGCCAUCUUAAAGAAACGGCGAAACAUUUCGUGAGUCGCAGCAGAACAAUUCGUACACUCGGGAAAAUAAAUAAAAACAUUCAAAUGUUUAAAAUUACAAAAUCGUGACUACAUGACAUUUGUUUCAAGGCCAUAAUAAACAUUAUAAUCGAACUCGUAUCCUUAAGAUCAUAGUUGGAGGGUUAAAUAAUUAAUUAUUUUAAUUAUACGGAACUUACAUAUGU